AUAUCCUUUUUUUGCAAUGUCAACCCCAUCUGACAGAUGAAGUAAAUAAAUAAUCCUGAAAAAAGGGGCAAUCAUCUGUACCGGGUGGCUAGCUGGCUGUACGGGGGUGGUGAUUCUUUCCGGUCGAACGAAACAAUUCACGGUUACUGUAAAUGUGAACAAUCCCGUGGAGUGCGUUGUUUUAAUUGCUUUUGUUUACCUCGGAGAGGAGACUCCCGAGAGCGCUCCUGUUUGGCUCGGAAGCUUCAAGGAUAAUUUGCCACCCCUACACCACCGUCGUCGAAGUACGUUUAGUGCUGUUACUACGUCAUCGUCAUAAUCUACUGGGGGAUUUUCACCUGAUUUAGCAAUGAUGUAAAUGAGCGAAAGCAUCCCCCCCUCAACACUACCGCCGGAUAUCGCUUCUACUGCAGCGAAACGGUAUUUGUUCUGUUUCAGGAUGAAUGCACCGUGUCGGAGAGUUGUCGGUAGAUACGGCAAUCACAACAACGCCGAUGAUGAUGACGAUGAUGCAUGAAGCAUCACCCGCGUCACCACUUACACCUGGUACGAUGUCAGUAGCACACGAUCGAGACCGAGAGCGCGUAUCUUCCUCUUGCUACUGCUGCUGCAUGUCUCCGUCAUUUCAUGCGGCCGAUAGAGGCAUAUCAUCGUCACCAUCACCAUCAGCUUCAUCAUAUAAAUCAAGGGCACAGCAUGCGAGUGGACCGUCCGUUUGGUGGCUAAAAAUAAAUAACAAUGCACGGAGAGCAUUGCUACAGUACCGGUCGUCGUGGAUGUCGUCGUCGUCGUUGUUGCCGCCGUGGUGGCCAUGAACGUCAGCUCGCCGUAGUUCGUUACCAGCUGCAGUGGAACCCGAUCGUUGCAGCCUUUUGCAGGACGUUCUUCGCGCGGGACGGGAUGUUUACCGUCUUAUAUAACGACAGUGUGUGCAGUGCAAGCGACAGCGUGUUUGGACGAUCGUGUUGAGCGCCUCCAGCGCCUUGCGUACGAGAAAGUAUAGGAAAUCGUUUGGUUUAGUUCGUUUGUUCACAAUGGAUAAAACGGUCCCGGAGCCAAGUGCUUCGAAGCCUCCCGCCGCUGCGGUGCAUCCUAACAGCAGUAACAGUGGCCCCAGCGUUACAGCCAGUGGAAAGGGCAAACGACCAUUUCUCGGUUUACUCUCGAAACGCUCGUCACGUGUUGAGCCGCAGCGAUGCUCGGAGAGCGAAGACGAGCAGCAAACGUUCGACAGUGGGUCGAGCUUCAGUCUGGUCGGUAAUCAUCAUACCGCUCCCGCAACACAACCAAAUGCAUUGCGGAAAGCGACAACAGCAAACAAUAGCAGCAGCAGCAGCAACAACAACAAUAACCACAACAACCGCAACAACAGUAGCAGCAACAGCAAUGGAGGCACCGUUACCGCUACGACCACAUCAACCAGCAGCGCAAGCCAGCGGCAAGAUUCGUCUAACCCGAGUGAUACCAACUCGUACCAGCUGCUCUCGACGUCAUCGACGACGACUACUACCACCACGACCUCGUCCACCGGGCCGGAGGGUUCAGCGGUGACGAAAAUACCGACCGCUGUACGAAAGCGUGACGCGUCCUCUACCCGACUCUCGCUCGGCAAUCGUUUGAGCAAUUACGUUGCAGGAUCAAAUAACACAUCCGCCAGCACUGGCGGCGGAGCAGGCGGACAGUUCAAUCUCUGCUGCUCGAUCGACGAGGCGAUCGUGAAAUCACCGCCGCGCAAUCGAUACUCGCAUCCGGCGACGGGUAGCUCCAGUGCCGGUAGUGAUUCGUACGAUCUAGAGAUGCAGCAGCGUCGGCAGCAGCUGAAGCUGGAGCUAACUGCCAAGACGUGCACCAGCUAUCCGAUCGAAAAGACGAGCCCGUUGCGCCACCGGCGACCGCUGGAAGUGGGCCCGCGGGUGGAAACACCCCAGGAAGAGGAGGACGUAAGCGGGCGCAGCCCGAAAGCAAACGUUUCGCUCGUGAACAAUCGCGUCGUAACGAAGCCGAUCGUUUUCCGCGAGUACCAGAACCACACGCAGCGCGCCAUCAUGUCCAGCAAGUCACGAUUCAAGGAGCGCUUUCUUCCACCGCUGCAUCGCUGCAACAUGGACGGGUACGAAAAGAUGGAACAGCACUACAGCUCGCCGAACAUUGCCGAAAAGGAAGACGAUCUGCUGCUGCCCGGUGGGUGCGAUUCGCUCGAUCAGCACGAAUCGCGCAAAUCCAUGUCGUUCGACAUGGUACCGACCGGUGCAGUCGGCGACGGCGGUACGGACGAGUCCGACACGGGCGUAAAGGGACCGCCGGGCUCGGCCGAUUCACUCGCCCGGCAGGCCCUGAUGGCUGCCCACGUGCUCAACUUGAUACCGGCGGAAAAGGCACGCCAGCGCAACUUUCUGCACGGCCGGCUCGGCUCUACGUCGCUGCUAGGUGCAACGGAGCUGGACAAAAUACUUCCCACCCGCGAGGUUACCAUCUUUAUCGGCACGUGGAACAUGAACGGCCAAAGUCCGCCGCGCCAGAUGAACGAUUUUGUGCUGCCGACAGCACUCGAGCACGUGCCCGAUAUUAUUGUGUUCGGUACGCAAGAGUCCUGCUCGGAGCGGUUCGAGUGGGAGGUGACACUGCAGGAAACGCUCGGCCCAUCGCACAUUCUGCUACAUUCCACCAGUCUCGGUACGCUCCAUUUGGCCGCCUUCAUCCGGCGCGACUUGAUUUGGUUCUGCUCGGAACCGGAAGACGCCUGUCUGUCGGUGCGGCCCGGUACAGCCUUCCGCACGAAGGGUGCGGUGGCGAUCUCCUUCUGCCUGUUUGGCACAUCGUUCCUGUUUGUAACGUCCCAUCUAACAGCCCACCAGCAGAAGGUGAAGGAGCGCGUGUCGGACGUGAAGAAGAUUAUACACGCGCUCGACCUGCCGCGCAAUCUUACGGUGAAGCACCGGAACAAGGACGUCACGCAAAACUUUGACAGUGUGUACUGGUGUGGGGAUUUAAACUUUCGGCUGAGCGAACCGCGCGACAAGCUGAUGCAGUGGAUCGAAACGACCCAGUUCCCGCUGCCGGCCCACCUGCCGCACGGUUUUAUGCACACGGAUCAACUCACCUCGGUGCUUUCGGACGGGGCUGCGUUUCGAGGAUUCCGCGAGGCUAAAAUUACCUUCCCACCUACGUACAAGUACGAUCCUGGAACGCAGCGUUUCGAUUCGUCCAGCAAGCAGCGUGCGCCCGCGUACACCGACCGUAUCCUGUACAAAUUUAAACCACUCCCUGUGACAACGGUGCACCGGCGGGGGUCAAAUUUGCCACCAGGAGGCAAAAUAUCGCAUCCUCCCUCUCCGGUCAAAUGUAUUGCGUAUGAUUCAGUGCAAAGCAUCACCUCGUCCGAUCACAAACCGGUAUGGGCACUGUUCCGGAAUAUCAUUCGACCUGGCAUUGACACGUAAGUAGUCGUCUUUUCUUGUGUGUGUGAUUCGUAGCAAUCAACGGUUGCAAUUUGUGCAUUUUUUUAGCGUUCCAUUAGCGGCAGGACUGUUUAACCGUGAAGUUUACUUGGAAGGCAUGAAGCGGCGCUUGGACAAUUCGGGAGCAGGUUCAUCUGCCGUGUGCAAUAUUCAAUGACGCCGGCUGUUUGACCGUUAAAGGUAAGAAAAGAUACGUAAGAAGGGCUCUGUGGAAGAUUGCGGAAGGUUUUUUCAACAAUAGGAUCAUAAGAGGACAUUUUUAGCGCGAAAACAAGCAGGGAAUUUUAGUGGAACAAUGAAUUGAUCAAACCAAGCGAUUUGACAAUGCGCAAUGCUGGAGCUUACUAUUGAUAAGACAUAUAUAGCUUCCACAGAGUAAGGUGUUAAAACUAGAUCGAAACUCUACCAUUACAUAGAGGUGGCGUAAAAUUAGUGGAUGAAACGUAUUGUGGUAAGACAUGCCGUAUUGGCAGACGUAUUGGCAGACUGAUAUGCGGUCCUUUAAUUCCUUUACGAGCCACUAGUGCGCUUGAAUACGAUAAAAAAAUACUAUGAGCGUCAGUGUGAAGGCGUGAACAUUAGCCACUUACAAGAAUUUUCUCUCAACGGAAAGCCUUAAGUGUUCCUUCUCCAUUUACUCUAGUCAGCGAUGUGCAGUAAGUGUCUCGUACAUGUAAAUGCCAUCGAUCGCAACCACUAGUCAUCUACUCGAGUGCACAGUUAACCGAGUAAAACCAACCAAAAACAAAUGAUUCUCAAGGCUCAUUGGCUCAUUAGCUUAAACUAGGGAGUAAGUGUUUUAGCACGUUUGUGAGUGUAUAUGUGUGUGUAUAGAAGCGUUACUAAAAUGCAAUUGAGACCCAGAAACUGAUAUGGAACAUAGCGGUAGGCAUCAACUAGAUGUGGUAAUUGAUAAUAACCGAACUGCAGAAUAGAUUGCCAGUGACUGUAGCGAGUAAAAAGACAAAAGAAAACCUUGUAGCCUUUCUCUGUAGUUUAGAUUGAUUAGAAAUUGUAUACACUAUACUUACUGCAGCAACGCAGAGUGGAAAGGUUUAUAGCACUAGACCAGCAUCGUGAUGUGUUCCGAUAAGUGUUUGUGAAGUGAAGGGAACUUAACCAUUUCGAGUAACUGAAAGACAAACUAACUGUUCCUAUCCUAGCUAGCUGGUGGGAAGCAAUUAGUAGUGCAUAUUUCGAAUCAGCUUUCAGACCGUGUAUCUCACACAACUGCAGAGGCUGAACAAACAUAUCUAAUGCACUAGAAAACGUCAAUUCGAUGCUAGGAACGAUUUACUUUACUUUUUACUACAGCUUUACUUCUUUGCGCAGAAAAGCAUUGACAAUUUACGCGAGUCGUUAUAUGUUUAUUAUAUUUAUAUCAGUUGUGAUCUUAAAAAAAAAACACGGUUCUAGUCAUCAGGUUCAGUGGAUAACAUUUAAUUUAUAUGGUUUUUGUUUUUAUUCAUUUUUAUUCAUUCGCUUUUUUAUAUCUUCAAUUGCGUGUUUACUGAUUCAUUUAUAGAUUUACUUAGCUGCUUAUGGAUCUUUUGAGUUGAUUUUAUCUUUUAAUUUUGUUAUUUUUUAACUCUACAUAAGAUAACAUACUAUAAGCAUGAUCAUUCAUUUGAAACUAGUUUGGCAAUAAUAUAAUCUACAAAAGUUGUAUCUUAAGCUUUCAAAUCGCUAGUUAAGAAAAACUGUUCCACAAAUAGGAACUUGGUGUGAUAGCUCAUGUAGUAGUAGAUUGAUUUUUCGUAACAAAACAAUAUACACCUGUAUGAAACCUCUACACUCCUAUAUGAUACAGUACUGUAGAUCAGCUUAAAGCGAGAUUCAUAUUCUUAAUACCAGUAGCGAUCGUGUUCGACCUGAGCCUACCAACCCAACUAUCUCGAGUAGUGAAGAAGCAAAGAACUUUCUUAUUCCUGUGCCUUUUGCUGUUUUACAAAACAACAUAUACGACGCUCACUGGCGGUUGAGCAAAAACCGAGCUACUAACAAACAUCAACAACCAACUGUCAGACUAGUCGCACGAUACAACAUUGGAAUGGCGAAGUUUAUGGCCGUACUUAAAAACAACAUUAUCAUCCUGGAUGCUUAUAAACAAUAUAUUCGAUUAUUAUCAUGUUCCACUAACGAUGCAUGCAUUCCUUUAUACAUUCUCCAACGGGAACCGGCCCUUGAAUGAGUGAAAACAUAGCGUUCUACUACUACACGAUUGGAAAUUGUUUUGUGUUCUACCAGUAGUUCACAUAUUUAAAUUUGGCUAUUAAAAGUGUAGAAUCUAGCGAAAGUACUUUAAGUUUAGCCAGUUCCAAGGACAUCAGUUUCAUAAACAAACAACCACAAAAACCAUCCAUUCCCUUGUGUGCUGGUCAGUUUAGUAUACACGUGUGAACGACAAUUCUUAAAAUUCAUCCAAUUCUCAACGCUACCAGAUAGGUGAUCUUAACUUAACACAAAAAAGGCUACAUAAUAUACAUAUACAUCUCUAAGGCGUCUCAAAUGGGAACUGUAUCGAUAUCUUCCAACUGCGUUAUGGAUUAGCAGAAAUAUAAACAAAGGAAAACUAUCUCAUAACGUGCAGUAAAAAAGAACAAAUAGCAGUCUUAUAGCAUCUAAGAAAAUGUACUCGAGUAGCGCUCUUCUUGGCACACAGCAGAACUCGGUGCCAUCAGAGUUAAACUAUGGCUCUCUAGGUUAAGUAGCAAUAGUAAUGCAUCUCAAAAGAACCAGCUCAUCUUGAUCAGCAAUGAAUGUACGAAUAAAAGCAAAUAUCAAAUCAGUGAUGAAACGCUGAUUUCUUUUACCAUUUUCAUUCUUCUCUAAAA